AAGGGUUCCACCUUGCCAUCGAUUCAUACUAUCGGAGGUACUUUUCGCUACCGUCGACUUAUUCAAAGGGACGGGCAUGAACAGCUUUGCGCACGGGCUGUGCUCCGCGCGCGUGCCGCAGAGCGUCCUGGCGGAGUUGAAAUCCACAAUUUCCCAGCUCUGCGCCCCGGGAAAGGGUUUCCUUGCUGGCGACGUCGCCGCAGAGCCUGAUGUUCUUGAUAAACGCGUUGCGUACUUGGCAUUGUGCUUCGGUGCACCGGAUUUGAGCGAGUACGUCAGCGGAGUGAUCUUGGACUGGGAGGUGCUCUUCCGAAAUGACGCAACCGGGAAGCCGAUAGUCAACAUCAUUACUGGGAAUGACAUGGUUCCAGGUACCAAGGUGGACAAGGGCUACAACAAGAAGGGCAUGUGGAACACUAGCGUCGGGCCAUUGGGCCAGCCCGAAGUGCGUGCCGUUGGGCUCAAUGACCUUCAGGAGAGAUGCGCUGAAGCGUAUGCGAAGGGAGCUCGUUUCGCCAAGUGGCGCAACGUCCUCCAACUCCACUUCGAGGAGGGGUUGCCAAGUGGCGUUGCCAUUGCAGACACGGUGCGCACCCUGGCGCGCUACGCUUCCAUUUGCCAGAGUGAGAAAUUGGUGCCUAUCGUUGCAAUUGAGGUUUUGCCCGAAGGAGAACACGACAUUUCUUAUUGCUCGGAAGUGACCGAGAAAGUGUUGGCAGCCCAGUUCAAGGCUUUCGCAGAUCACCGCGUUUACCUGGAAGGCUGCCUCCUGAAGAUGAACACUGGCCUGGAGCAGGACAACGAGGAAGUAGCUACCAUGUACCUGAGCACGAUGAACAAGCUGUUCAAGGACAAGUUGCCCUGGCUCCUCUCCUUUUCGUAUGGCGAGUCAUUGCAGAAGACACACUUCGAGACCGGGCCUCGCCAGGAGAAGAUCAAGGAUGAUGCUCGGAUGGCGCUAAUAGCGAGGGCCAACGCAAACUUCGAUACAGUCAUGGGCAAGUGCACACGGCGCAAAAUCAACGCGUCCUCGCGGCAGUCGGGCACGUACGGGCGCGAGCUGCUGCAGGGAGAGGCCGCUUGCAUCGCCGCAGUCAGGGCGUCAGAACUCUCAGCAGAGCCCGCCCCGAGCACGCCCGACAUGGUUUUUGAUGCUAUUGCCUGCGGCGUCCCGUCGUAAGUUGCGAUGCCCUUCCAUGGGUCCUUUCUGGUUUCCUGGGCGUGCUCAGGGGUCCAGAGUGGCCGAAGAGCACACAGAGAAUGGCGUAGGGGACCCCCGAGGCCGCCCUCCACUCCCGGACAGAACUCCAGGGCUUGCGCAUGCAAUUAGAUUCCGGUGGGAUUCACUUGCGAGGUUUUUCUCAAGACACCUCUGGCGCUUUCAUGCGUCGGAAGACACUGCCGAGCAGAAUGCUGUGCUAAGGCGCAUCUUGAAGGAGAUGUUGGGCCCCGACGUUGCGUUGCAAUGACACCGAGCGUUAUCAUGGGGGAGUGACCCGUGUCAGUAGAAGUUUUUAAGGGGAGGAUGUUCUCGGCUUGGAGGUUGAUGCGACCUUGGCUCGAGAGUCUGAUUCCGGCUCGGGGG